GUACUUAAGAAGAGGACCUUUGAUUGACAAGGCGGGAAAGACCAAUCUCACAGAAACAGUGUAAGCCAGCAAUGGACUCAGACAGGCAUACAUGCCUCAAGCUCCAGCCCCAACAGGGCGAGCCCAUCUUCGUCAAGGGCACUUGGUUUCACGCCCGAUUCGACCUCUCCAUCUCCGACGGCCUUCACACCUGGAUCUGCCACGCUUCAGAUGAGGAGGUGAGAGAGCGCGCGGCCCAGUGGGACCAGCCGGUUCCGGAGUACGUGGAGCUGGCCGAGCGGUACUUAGGGUUUCAGCAGCCCGGAUCGGUCUACCGGUUCGCCGAUGCCGGAGAAGGCCACAAAAGGUUGUCAUGGACUUUUGAGAAGGAAGGCACAACACUGGAAUGGCGAUGGAAGUGUCAACCAUCGCCUAAUAGUAAGGAAAUUACAGCAGGGAUUUUGGACUUCCUCAUGGACGCAAACAUAAGGCUAAGUGAAGAAGUUGUCAGAAAAACUCAAUCAUUUGAGAGGCUGAAAGUGGAAGCUGAGAAGUGUAUAGCACAGAGUGAGAAAAUUAAUGAGGAGAAGGUUGAGUUUGAAAAUGCAAUAUAUGCAAAGUUUCUUGGGGUCCUGAAUUCAAAGAAAGCAAAAUUAAGAGAGCUCCGAGACCAGAUUUCAAAUAAAAAAGCUGCUGGGAAAUUGCCAGCUGAAGAGGAAGAAGAUUCAACUGACAAAACUGAAAGUUUUGAAAAUGGAAGUGAUGAUGACAAAAGUGGGGACGAACCUGCCAAAAAUGUUAUAGGCACUUCAAUGGAUGUUGUAACCGGUAAGCCUCGUGGUCGUAAGAGGAUUACACGCAUUUAAUUUCUCACUAGUCAAGUGACCAUUCCA